AGUCAUCAGCCACGCAGGAGCUGCUGCUCAAGUAUUAGACCGUGAAAAAAAUUAUAUUAAUAACACCCGACGUUAUCUUCCCUCUCACGGAAACUAUCAAAGGACUUCCCCAUGCACUGCCUGAGAGCAGUGCGCCUGACAAGCUCCCUGGCUGUGGAGCUGCUCGUCAAAGCGGCUAAGAGGAGGCUUUUCAUCAUCCAGCCAGCACAAUGUCUAAGCACAAAACCCUCAGCCAGGUACCGGAGACCGCCUCCUACACACACGGACCGUCUGCACCUCUACAUGAGUGUGCGUUCAAAGUCCCUCUGCACCGGAGUGGAAGACAUGCUUUUCUACACCAUCACAGAGGGAAAAGAGCACAUCCCCAUCUCAUCCUUCAUCUCAGCCCUGAAGAAGACUGGCCUUCACCCGUCUGACCCUCGUCUCAGGGACUGCAUGGAGAAGCUCCGGCAGGCGGUGAGGGACUCCAUCGGUGAAGUCAUGAUGGACAAGGAGCUUUUCCACAGAUGUGUUGGUGGAAACAUUGUUCUACUGAUCCAGGCCUUUCGAAAGAAAUUCAUCAUCCCUGAGUUUGAUGUUUUUGCCAAGAAAAUCAAUGAAAUCUUCAACACUGUGCAAAAGCAAACUGAUGGGCAGGUAGCAGACUACAUCCCUCAUCUGUCCAAAUUUAGCCCAGAGCUGUGGGGCGUGUCUCUGUGUACAGUGGAUGGCCAGAGGCACUCCAUAGGGGACACCAAGCAGCCGUUCUGCCUGCAGUCCUGUGUGAAACCCCUGGAGUACGCCAUCGCCGUUCAUGAGGCAGGAACGGAGAAGGUUCACCGCUACGUGGGCAUGGAGCCCAGCGGACUCAAGUUCAACAAGCUCUCUCUGGAUGAAGAAGAUAAACCCCACAACCCCAUGGUGAAUGCUGGAGCCAUGGUGAUCAGCUCACUUAUCAAGCCUGGUUCAAACAAGGCAGAGAAGUUUGACUAUGUUAUGGAGUUUGUGAAGAAGAUUGCAGGCCACGAGUAUGUGGGCUUCAGCAAUGCCACGUUCCAGUCAGAAAAAGAAACUGGCGACAGAAAUUUUGCAAUCGGAUACUACAUGAAAGAGAAGAAGUGUUUUCCUGACGGAGCAGAUAUGAUUGAUGCAUUAGACUUCUAUUUUCAGCUUUGCUCCAUCGAAGUGACCUGUGAAUCAGGAAGCAUCAUGGCUGCCACUCUGGCCAACGGAGGGAUCUGUCCCAUCACUGGCGAGCACGUUCUGUGCGCCGAAGCGGUCCGCAACACCCUGAGCCUCAUGCACUCGUGUGGCAUGUACGACUUCUCUGGCCAGAUGGCGUUUCACGUGGGUUUACCUGCUAAAUCAGGGGUGUCUGGCGCAGUGCUGUUGGUGGUCCCCAACGUCAUGGGAGUGAUGUGCUGGUCUCCUCCACUGGACAGGGUUGGAAACAGUGUCCGAGGGAUACGCUUCUGUCAGGAGUUGGUGUCGCACUUCAAUUUCCACAACUAUGACAACUUGAGGCACUUUGUGAAGAAGCAGGACCCUCGCAGGCAGGACGGGGACGACAGGAACGAGUCUGUUUUCAACUUGAUGUUCGCUGCCUACAGUGGAGACGUGUCGGCCCUGAGAAGGUUUGCGCUCUCAUCGAUGGACAUGGGUUUGAGAGACUAUGAUUCCCGAACCGCGCUGCACAUCGCUGCAGCAGAGGGUCAUAUAGAUGUGGUGCGAUUCCUUACUGAAACCUGCAAAGUUAAUCCAUUGGUAAAGGACAGGUGGGGGAACCUGCCAGUGGAUGAUGCCAUGCAGUUUGGCCACGACGCAGUGGUGAAGGUGCUCAAAGACUACCAGCUGGUCUGCAAGCAGCACGCUGAGACCGAGUUUCCCCCUAACAUCGAAACCGUUGAGCGCAUGGUGUGAUCCUCAUCCUCAGAGUCUCCAAGAUGGAAAAUAUCAAGGGCAUGUGUGUGAUCUUUCUCCAUUUUUAGUGAGAUAUCAGGGUCCAUUCAUAAACAAGCACAGUGCCAAUCUGGGAGUAAAAUUUGGCCAUAUGGCCGGUGGUUCCAUGUGCACAAACUUUCUAGGACCUCUGGUCAGGUUGCAUGACUGUACAAAGUUAACUAUGCAAACUGGUCUCAGAUAAGAUAAGCUCAAACUGUAUCGAUCUCCAUCAGGGGAAAAACAGUUUGCUGCAACAGCGAAGGUAAUAGGAUUCAGCAGUGCAAAGUAAAACAGCAUAUGAUGUCCCGAGGUGGGAAGUUUCCCAGUUCCCAGCUGUUUUGAAUGCAGCUUAAAGCAAUGUGACUUGAAUGUAAAAUAGAACAGAAGCAAUAUGAAGAGUGAAGGAACAGUAAAGCAAAAACAAUAAAAACAAUAAAGUAGGAUAGAACAAUUGUUGGUUUAUGUGAGCGUGUGCUCCCAACAAUUCUGGCUCAGUUUCAUAUUUUUGCUACUAGAGAGGAUAACUCAUUUGGAUGCAGAACUCUACUCAGAGGUUCAGCUUAUGGUUCAUGUGAAUGGGGCUGAGGAUGUCAGCUCAGAGUUGAUAUGUUUGCAUUUGUAAAGUAUGUACCUACGUUAAAUAAAUUCAGAAGGUCUCUA